AUGUCUGGCGUUGCGGUAAAACGUCUUGUCGAAGAGCGCAAUGAAUGGCGGAGGAAGAGCCCGCACGGCUUCAUAGCGAGGCCAAUAGCCAACGAAGACGGCACAAAAAAUCUGUUUGUUUGGGAGUGCGGAAUUCCAGGCCGAAAGAAUACUGCCUGGGAAGGCGGGUUAUUCAAGCUGCUCAUGGAAUUCACCGACAAAUAUCCAAAUACUCCACCAGCAUGCUAUUUUAGGCCACCAAUUUUCCAUCCCAACAUUGACCCAACUGGAAUUGUUUGUCUGCCGUCGUUGGAAAAAAACAACUAA